AUAUUCUUGGAGCAGCCAAAACAGGGUCAGGAAAAACGUUAGCAUUUCUAGUACCCUCCAUAAAUAUUUUAUAUAAUAUAAAAUUCUUGCCGAAAAACGGAACGGGAGUUUUAAUAAUAUCGCCCACCAGAGAAUUGUGUCUUCAAAUUUAUCAAGUAUGUAAAGAUCUGUGUAAAUAUAUUCCCCAGACGAAUGGAAUAAUCAUUGGUGGGAUGAGUCGAAAUGAAGAAAAAAAAUUUAUUCAUGGCAUAAACAUACUAAUUGCAACACCUGGUAGACUGCUAGACCAUAUGCAAAACACGAAAGAAUUUAUUUACAAAAAUUUGAUCUCGCUUAUUAUAGACGAAGCUGACAGGUUACUUCAAAUUGGUUUUGAGGAGGAAAUUAAUUUAAUUGUGAAAAGGUUACCCAAGAAAAGACAAACUGCCCUAUUUUCAGCUACACAAACAACCAAAGUUGAAAAUCUAAUAAGGCUUUCUCUGCAGAAGCCUAUUUUUAUAGAAGUAACGACGAAAAUUGCCACAGUGGAAAGGCUGCAACAGGGAUAUGCCUUAGUUGAUGAAGAUAAAAGAUUUCUGCUACUAUUUACAUUUUUAAAAAGAAAUAUUUCGAAAAAAAUUAUGGUCUUUUUUAACAAUUGCAUGUCCGUUCAGUUUUACAACGAUUUGUUAAAUUAUAUUGACAUUCCCACCUUUUGUAUUCAUGGAAAAAAAAAACAAAAUAAACGACUUAAAAGUUUCAGCGAGUUUUCCGCUGCCCAAAGUGCUAUUCUGCUUUGUACAAAUGUGGCAGCUAGAGGGCUGGACAUCCCAAAUGUUAAUUACAUUAUUCAGUAUGACCCCCCAGAUGACUCCAAGGAAUAUAUCCAUCGAGUAGGAAGAACUUGCAGAGGAAAAGAUUCAAGUGGCUCAGCUAUCAUAUUUUUGAUGAAGCACGAAUUAAAAUUUUUAAACUAUUUAAAGUUUUAUAACAUCCCAAUUAAUCAGUUUGCCUAUGACCCAAGCAAAUUAAUAAAUGUCCAGUCACACAUAGAGUCCAUCGUUACUAAAAAUUUCCACUUGCACAAGAUGGCUCGGGAGGCUUUCAAAUCGUAUUUGAAUGGGUACAUUACCUACGCACUGAAGGACGUCUUUGACGUGAACAACCUGAAUUUGCUACAGACUUCGAAGAACUUCGGGCUGGAGGCCCCACCGAAAGUUGAUUUAAAUUUAAAACUAAAUGUUAAAAAGAGGAAGUUUAAGU